UGUCCGACCUGUAGAUCAGCAUCAUGGUGAAGGCACAGUCCUUCAACGAGGAGGUGACGAAGCACUCCGUGCAUACUCUCGUCUUCAGAUCCCUCAAGAGGACUCAUGAUAUGUUCGUUACGGACCAGGGUUCUCUACCAGAUGUAGAUGAAGAAUCAGACAGAGUGCUCAGGGGUGUGAAGAGCCAGGCUAUGUACGGGAAGGUCAGAGAGGAGGUCGACCGGCUUAAGAAUAUGCCUGAUUACCAGAGACAGGGUGAGGUUGGGUCGGAUAAGGCGGAGAACGGCGGAGAGAGUGUUGUAGCGUUGUAUAAACCUCCAAACAUGAUGGCAGGAGCAGUACAAAACAAUUCAGGUAACGCUCUUGUAGGCGGAGCCGGUGGAGUGGGUGGAGCUAACCUGAACCCUGUUGCUAUGCGCAAGGCUCCAACAAUGCCUAAACCCCAAUGGCACGCUCCCUGGAAACUAUUCCGUGUUAUAUCUGGACACAUGGGUUGGGUUCGCUGCUGCACAGUGGAACCUGGAAACGAAUGGUUCGCCACGGGCGCCGCUGACAGGGUGAUCAAGAUCUGGGACCUGGCUAGCGGGAAGCUGAAGCUGUCCCUGACCGGUCACGUGAGCGUGGUCCGAGGUUUAGCUGUGUCUCCCCGCCAGCCCUACCUCUUCUCCUGCGGGGAAGAUAGGCAGGUUAAGUGCUGGGACCUGGAGUACAAUAAGGUUAUCCGACACUACCACGGACAUCUUAGUGCUGUCUACGAUCUAUCCAUUCAUCCUACUCUAGAUGUUCUCCUGUCCUGUGGUCGAGACUCCACCUGUAGGGUUUGGGAUAUGCGUUCUAAAACUAACAUACAUACACUCUCCGGACACACAAACACGGUCACCAGUGUUCUUUCUCAGGCCACCGACCCGCAGGUCAUCACCGGAAGUAACGAUUCGACUAUUCGUCUUUGGGAUCUGGCCGCCGGACGAUGCAUGGCCACCCUCACGAAUCACAAGAAAUCUGUGAGAGGAUUGGUAAUGCAUCCUAAACUCUAUAUGUUCGGGAGUGCAGGACCUGAUAACAUCAAGCAGUGGAAGUGUCCAGACGGAAAGUUUAUUCAGAACCUGUCUGGACACAAUGCCAUCGUCAACUGUCUGGCGAUGAACGCCGACGGGGUUCUGGUGUCCGGCGCCGACAACGGAACCAUGCACUUCUGGGACUGGAAGACUGGAUAUAAUUUCCAGAGGUUUCAGGCUCCGGUUCAACCUGGAUCUCUGGACUCAGAAGCUGGAAUUUUCCAGAUGAGGUUUGAUCACUCAGGGUCGAGGUUGAUCACGUGCGAGGCCGAUAAGACGAUUAAAAUCUACAAGGAGGAUGAUUCAGCAUCUGAGGAAACGCAUCCAAUCAACUGGAAACCAGAAAUUCUAAAACGACGUCGCUAUUAACUUCAAUGUUAAAAUGUCAACGCUUUUCAACUGUAUCAGUGUAUACAAUUACAUAAUUUUUUUUUCAUCGUUUUUCACAAUAAUUCGUACUAAUCUGUUAUUUUCAGA